CCUAUUCGAUACUUUCAAUUUCCAUUCAUACUUUCUUAAUUCACAGCAUGGCGACCGUUGCUCCUCCUACAGAUCAAGCAGCAUAUUUGCUUAAGAAGUUGUCAUUAGAUUCGCAGACCAAGACCUUGGAAAUUCUAGAGCCUACAAAGAAGCCUUCUGUUAACCAAUAUGGGUCUAUUGAUUAUGGCAAUGCUGCAAAUGGUCAGAUCCAAUUUGAUCUCUCUGUGACUCCACUGUCGACUGAUUUCAUGGAUCAAUCUUUCUCCUAUCUCCCAAAUGGUUAUCCAUCAACAGCCUAUUACUAUAGAGGCUAUGAUGGGACUGGCGACUGGGAUGAGUACUGGAGAUAUAUGAAUCCAGAGGGAGUAGAUAUGACUUCCGGGGUUUAUGGAGAUAACGGGUCUCUUAUGUACCACCAUGGUUAUGGGUAUGCACUGUAUGGGCCUUAUUCACCAGCAGCUUCCCCUGCCCCAUCUAUGGGAAAUGAUGGGCAGCAUAGACUUGUAGCAAAUACACCCAUUACUUCUUCAAACUCGAAAGGCAAUAGAAUUCCAUCUUUGAGGAAUCAGAACUACCGUCCAAAUUCUCACUUCAUGUUUGAUACAAUUGUAACAAACAACAUAUUUGGCGAUAUAUUAUCUGAUGAGGCCUCAAUGAUUACUGGAAGUAUUGGGAUGCUUCCAUCUGCGAGUCUUGGAGAAUCACUGCAAUAUUGGUGAGGGAGGUAUUGCCCUUGAAGCUGUACAUGGAUCGGCACCUGAUAUUGCUAGAAAGUGGGCGGUAAAGACGCAAAAAUCAUAUAGCCAAAAAGAAAUUGACGAGGUGCGCAUUGAAGUAGCUGAUUAUUUACAGAGUUUGAUGUAGGACUUUUGGCUACCAACAUGAUUUUGGGUAAGACUAGUUUUUGCUUGGAAGCAAAGUUUGGUGUAGAACUUUUGUAAUUGGUUGCUAAUUAAUAUGUUUAUAGGCUAGCCUUUGUAAGUUUUGGGGUUUUAUUUUAUGAAUUAUGUAGAAUUAUGAAUUAAGUUGAGAAAAUUAAUGGAAAGCCUCAAUUUUUGGAUGA